CGGGCGGCGUCGCUCUGACGGGCGGAGGGCACAGGAAUACCACCAGAGACGUUGGCAGAAGUAUCCCAAGACUCAUUUUUACCACGGGGAAGGUGGUGUGCCUGGUCCGAAUGAUGAAGAGGGAGGCAUCAUAACGACCUUCCUCCACCGGGACUGAAGCCAUGACUCCAUUCAGACACCAGAAAGUGGAGGAUUACUAUGAAAUCACCGAUGAGCUGGGAAGCGGUCAGUUCGCCAUUGUGAAGCAGUGUCGAGAGAAGGCAACGGGUCGAGAGUUUGCCGCCAAGUUCAUCAAGAAGCGUCAGAGCGUGGCCAGCCUGCGGGGGGUGAGGCGGGAGGAAAUCGAGCGGGAGGUGAACAUCCUGCGUCAGAUUCAGCAUCCCAACAUCGUCACACUGCACGAUGUCUACGAGAACCGCACCGACGUGGUGCUCAUCUUGGAACUGGUGUCUGGAGGAGAGCUGUUCGACUUCCUGGCCCAGAAGGAGUCUCUGAGUGAAGAGGAGGCCACGCAGUUCAUCAAACAGAUCCUGGAGGGGGUGCACUACCUCCACUCCAGGAAAAUCGCCCACUUUGAUCUCAAGCCUGAAAACAUAAUGCUGCUGGACAAGAACGCCCCCCUGCCCAGAAUCAAACUCAUCGAUUUCGGCCUCGCGCACAAGAUUGAGGCUGGCGUCGAGUUCAAGAACAUCUUCGGGACUCCUGAGUUCGUGGCUCCAGAGAUUGUCAACUAUGAGCCACUGGGGCUGGAGGCUGACAUGUGGAGCAUCGGGGUUAUUUCCUACAUCCUGCUGAGCGGUGCGUCGCCCUUCCUGGGAGAAAGCAAACAGGACACGCUGGCCAACAUCUCCGCUGUCAGCUACGAGUUUCACUCUGAGUUCUUCUGUCACACCAGCCAGCUGGCCAAGGACUUCAUCCGACAGCUGCUGGAGAAGGACACCAAGAAAAGGUUAACUAUCCAAGAAGCUCUUAACCACCCAUGGAUCAAGGAGGAGGACAAAGGCCUGAAUGUCCGGAAGCGCCAGCGCCGACAGCUGAAAACCAAGCGGCUCAGGGAGUACACCAUCAAGUCCCACUCCAGCAUGCCACCCAACAACACCUACGUCAACUUCCAGCGCUUUGCCCAGGUGGUGGAGGACAUUGACCAGAUGGAAGGCUCCUUCAACAGCCUGGCGGGUGCGCACGACUCCCUGCAGGAGGAUAUCGAUGUCCUGGUCUCCAUAUACAACGAGAAGGAGUCCUGGUACAGGGAGGAGAGCGAGGGUGUGCGACACGAGCUCUCUCAGAUCCGCUAUGAGUUCCGCAAGGUGGAAGCCAUGAAGAGAAGCCUGCAGGAGGACAUGCGGACGGUGGAUGUAGGCCUGACCGCCAUUGGCUGCCGCUACCAGGAGAGAAGAAGCCGCUUUGAUGCCCUGAAGCAGGAGCUAAGCCAGGAGCUGCAGUGGGUCCAGGAGGUGAUGGGCUCUUUCCCCCUGGAGAGGGACGGCGGUGGCAGCAGCGGCGGUUACCCCGCCUGUAACUUUUCCACCGUCUUCAACACGGACGUGAACGAGGCCCUGAAAGAGCUGCUGAACCACUCCUGCGGCGGCGAGCUGCUCUCUGGGAUCAACCUGGACUUGACUGAAAAUGGACAGCAGAGAUGAGUCUUCCACAGCUCUCCAACGUUAAGAAGAGCCCCAGUCUCCGUCCCGACACACCAGUAAUGUGACGUCACAUGACUACACGACCUUUCCACUUUUCUACUUAAAGGGAGGAGGUAACCAGCCAGUAUAUUCUAAUGUUGGUGCUGCAAACUUUGAUAGUACGUUGAUGUGCGCAAUGUUGUUUGAUCAGAAUAUUUGGAUUUCGCCGUCGUUCAAAUGCCCAUUCCAGCCACUCCAAUUCCUUCAGCUGUUUCCCAGAAAACGUUGAAUGUACAAUAAACAAAUAAGACA